UCCGCUCGCCGCAUUCGCACACGCCGUUCCGUCAUCCGCCCCGCCCCCGCGGAACAGGAGAGCCGCCGGCCCGGGAAGGCGAAGCUUCUUCGCGGCGUUGCGUCGCCUGCUCGCGCGGUAAGUACCCUCUCGCCUUACUUCGCUACCUGUCCCCGUCGCCCCCCGCGCGCGCCCCUCUCGUUCCUCCAGCUGUAGCCAAAUCCCGACGCUCGGAUAGUGGAUUCCCGUGGCUGUCUUCUGCGAUUUAGUCUCGCUGGGGGUGGGGGGGGGGGGGGUUCUCGGCGGGCUGUUCUGCGCGGGGAGCGCGGGGCAGUGGCGUGGGACGAUGAGAUUUUUGUCGGGUUCGAGGUUUGACCUGUGUUUGUGCACGAACUCGGAGGGUGGCAUGGUUAGGUGUUGUGGCGUUCGAAGGUCGGGUCACAUUGAGGCGUCUGGUUUUUAGGGUUCCGUUGGUUUGUUUGGUCUACAGCAUCGGACAUACGGUGGAAUAGUUUGGACUUCGGAGCUUGUUGGUCUGGCUGGUCGUCAAACAGGAAAAUCACUAGCUCAGAUCAUCGCUGAUUGCAAUUUGCAUCUCCUAUUCCCCUUAGCUUAGGAAAAAAAAAAGGAGCUUGCGGGUGAAUUAAGGGGUCAUCGUGGAUAGCUGUGCACUGUGGAAGUAGAUGAACCCGUAGCACAUCCCGGGAAUGUAUAGCAGCUAAACAAUUCAAGUUGAUUUUGGACCAGUUGGUUGGUUAUGCAAAUGGUUGACGUUAAGACUAAGUGACCUAUCUUGGCAGUAGGGAAAAAAUUCCAGCACCUUGGUGAAAUACUGCUACAGGGUUAUGUGCAAAUUGCUACUAGGCUUCACGCCAUGUUCAAGAUAACUCAGUACUUGUAGGAGAUCACAUUGGUGUGUGGAAUGGAUAUGCUGUACUUGCUGACAUUUUUCCCUUCCAAACUAGAUGCACUCGGUUGUGCUCUUUUAUUUUUCAAAUAGAAAAGAUCAUUGACGAGUUUAAUUUUGAAUCAUAGGUUACAAAUCAAAUCUGGUUCAAAUCAUGGGUUUAGAGGACUUUAAUAGGUUAUAUAUCCCUUGACUCUUGAGUCCAUGCAAUCAUCAUUCGUGCUUCGUCUUUAUUUACUUGCUGUAGGUUGCCAGGUGCUGGCUCAGCUAUAUAGAGCUUCCUGUUUCAUUGUGCUCCUCAGGAAUACAGUUUUCAGAGGCUGAGUUUUUAGUCGAACUGACAAAUUUUUGGCGACCAUACUAUGGACAAAACUACAGAUCCCUGUCCCAUUGAGGGCAAUGGUGAUAUUGGAAAUGAUGCGAACUCUAGUCAGAAUCCUGAGAUCCUUGAGCAUCAAGUUUUGCCGUCUACAUCUCAAACAUUGCAAAAUUCCAUGGGAAUAAGGAAAAAUUAUAAGAGGGCAGCAAACAGGGGUAAAAAAGGCUCCCAAGUACUAACAGGUAAAAGAUAUACUUUGAGGUCAUCUGAUAAUAAUGUCAGGGUGCUUCGGUUGUCAAGUUCAAAGACGACACCUACCGAACCUGUACAGGCUCCAGAACAACCGGCUGCCAAAAGAAGAAAAAGGGGCAGACCCUCAAAGAAAAAUCAGACAGAUGAGUUCUCACAAAUUCGUAAACGGGUUAGGUACAUUUUGAAUCGAAUGAACUAUGAACAAAGCCUGAUUGAAGUUUAUGCUAGCGAAGGCUGGAAAAAUCAAAGUUUGGAUAAGAUAAGACCUGAGAAGGAGCUUGAACGAGCCAAGGCGGAAAUCUUGCGGUGCAAGUUGAGAAUACGGGAAGUCUUCCAGAAUCUUGAUUCUCUCCUCUCUAAGGGGAAGAUCAACGAAUGUUUAUUUGAUUCGGAAGGAGAGAUAUCUUCUGAAGAUAUUUUUUGUGCCACUUGUGGUAAGAAGGAUGUUACAUUGGAUAACGACAUAAUUCUCUGUGAUGGAGCUUGCGACAGAGGGUUCCACCAGAACUGUUUAAAUCCUCCUUUGCAUACUGAAGAUAUCCCUGAGGGAGAUGAAGGAUGGAUCUGCCCUGCAUGUGAUUGCAAGAUAGAUUGUGCAGAUGUUAUAAAUGAACUUCAGGGGACUGAUCUCUCCAUUGGCGACUCUUGGGAGAAAGUUUUUCCAGAGGCAGCUGCUUUCGCUAAUGGCCCUAAGCAAGGCGACGCUUUUGAUCUUCCAUCAGAUGAUUCAGAAGACGAUGACUUUGACCCCAAUAUGGCCGAAGAGCAUGUAUCUAGUAAGGAAGAAGAAUCAUCCGAAGAGGAUGAGGAUGGAGGAUCAGACUCUGAUGACUCUAACUUUGUGACCUCUUCUGAUGAUUCAGAACCUUUAGUGGACAAUAAGAAGGUUGAUGACCUGGGAUUACCUUCUGAGGACUCGGAGGAUGAUGACUAUGAUCCAGCAGGUCCUGAUUCUGAUAAAGAUAUCCAAAAGAAGCAAUCAAGUUCAGAUGAGUCAGACUUCACAUCUGAUUCUGAUGAUUUCUGUGUGGAAAUUGCAAAAUCUGGUGGCCAUGAUGAAGUUUCCACACUUACAUCACCUGAUGCUAAGUCUGGAAACGCUGCCUUUGACAUGGAAGGAAUCACUGCUCAGACUAACACCACAAAUUCCAAUCUCAACACUACGGAGACUGAAAUGGAGCAGAAUGUUGUUUUACCAGUUUCAGGGAGACGGCAGGCUGAACAGUUGGACUACAAAAAACUGUAUGAUGAGGCUUAUGGUAAAGCAUCAUCUGGUUCAAGUGAUGAUGAAGAAUGGUCUGGGAAGAGCACACCAGAGAAAGGCAAUGAAGAGCAGAGCGAAGCAGAUUCAUCUGCAGGGAAAAGCUCUAGAAGAAGGAUUGUGCACCGUGGUGAUGAACUCACUCCACAGAGUGCUCAGAAAAGCUUGCAUCCUGAUUCUCUUCAUGGUUCAGUAGAUCAGAAACAUGGAGGAGACCUUACCUCUAAGGGGAGCAAUAGCAUGACAAGGAAAGGACAGUUUGGUCCAGCAAUUAAUCAGAGGCUACAUGAACAUUUUAAGACAGAACCGUACCCAAGCCGCGCUGUUAAAGAAAGCUUGGCACAAGAACUAGGGCUAACAUUCCGUCAGGUUAGCAGAUGGUUCGAAAGUAGGCGUCAUUUCACAAAAGCAGCUUCUGCCAAGAAAUGCAUCCAUCUAGAUUAUCAUAGCACUGAGAAAAUUAAUAGCCCAGUCCUAGCUAGAAUGCCGGUUAAAGACCCUGAGGGGGCGGUGAUGGAAAAACCCAAUGGAUGUAGAAACGAUGCUACGAGUGAGGAGAUGACGUCUGGUAAUCUAAAUGAAGGCUGCAAACGAGAUAGUGAAGUGAAAAACGGAAUUAACUCUGGGCAGAGAAUGUCUGUUGCUCCAGAAAGCAACCAGGGUUUUGCUACCAUCUCGAAAAAAGUGGGCUCUCCAAAAGACGGAUCUAGAAAGAAUCAUCACAAGAAUGCCUCUGUAAGUGAUGUUAUAGGGUCAAAAGGUACUUCUGCACGGGAUCAGAUUCCAGGGCCCAACCUUGUAGACGAGGCAAGGAAAAAAGCAAUACAGCGGGAGAUGAAGAAGAAGAAAAUGGGCAGAUGAAGUUCGUAGCUAAAGAUGGGAGCUACAAUUUGUACUGCUCUAGAAAUUAGCAACUCGGUUCAUGGUUACGGUGCCACACUACUGCUUGAAACUUUGGGUUUGUAUGGCUCUACAUUUGGGGCAAAAAAAGAAAAAACAUCGCUAGAACAUUGCAAGUCAGCUAGCUCUCAUUAGAUCAUGCUAGUCAACUAGCAAGUGAAACAUUCAUUUUUUUUGGGCUAUCGAUUCCUGUUCUUAGCCCACGGAGAACUUUGAUUUCUGGUGCUCUCUAGGAAUUCGUUAUCCUUCAGUUCAUUUGUACCGAGUAGGGAGUACUGACAUUGCUGGGAGGGUUCAGUCACAAAACUGAAGGCUCCGAAACAACAGCAGUGUACUGUUAUGUCAGAAUGGAAAAAGAUACACACACUGUAUUCAUCGUUGUUGAUGUUCUUGUGAGAUGGGACGUAGUACCAAACCUUCUGUAAUGUGAACUUAGAACUUUGUUCUGUUUCGGUGUUACAGCCAUGAGUCUUUGUGCUUGUCCUAAGCAUUGUCAUCCACAUUGAAGAAGUACUUGAUUCUGAUAGAACAA